AACAAACAUGGUGCUGAUGUAGCCCCACACACUUUCAUUAUAAAUGGCUAUCAUCCCUUCCAAAAUUUGCAUAACACAAACCUAAUUAACACUCUUAUUAAUUCUCUUGUUUUCAUCAUUCUGUAAUAUCCAAUCACAUGGCGCCACCACCCACCUCCCUUGUCUUCACAGUUCAUAGAAAUGAACCUGAGCUUAUUGUCCCUGCAAAACCUACCCCUCACGAUCUCAAACUACUCUCAGACAUUGAUGAUCAGGAUGGCCUUCGUUUCCAGAUCCCUGUGAUUCAAUUUUACAGGUACAACCCUUCAAUGGAAGGGAAAGAUCCGGUGAAGGUGAUCCGAGCGGCCAUUGCAAAAACUCUUGUUUUUUACUAUCCAUUUGCUGGUAGGCUUAGAGAAGGGCCUAAACGUAAGCUUAUGGUGGAUUGUACUGGUGAGGGUGUUUUGUUUAUCGAGGCUGAUGCAGAUGUUACACUUGACAAAUUUGGUGAUGCUCUUCAGCCUCCAUUUCCAGGCUUGGAACAACUCCUUUUUGAUGUUCCUGGUUCUGCUGGGGUGCUCAACUCCCCUUUGUUACUUAUUCAGGUGACACGUCUCAAGUGCGGUGGUUUUAUAUUCGCGCUCCGACUGAAUCACACAAUGAGCGAUGCAGCUGGUUUAGUCCAGUUCAUGGAGGCUGUUGCUGAGAUGUCACGGGGGGCUCAAGCCCCCUCUGUUUCACCAGUUUGGGAAAGACACAUUCUCAAUGCUCGUAAUCCACCACGAGUCACUUGCACUCACCACGAAUACGAUGAAGUAGCUGACACCAAAGGCACAAUCAUUCCACUCGAUGACAUGGAUCAUCGUUCUUUCUUUUUUGGCCCCUCUGAAGUUUCUGCCAUUAGAAAAUGUCUCCCUCCUCAUCUCCGUGGUUGCUCCGCUUUUGAAAUACUCACCGCUUGUCUCUGGCGUUGCCGAACCAUCGCUCUCCAGCCAGACCCCACUGAAGAAAUGCGUGUAAUAUGUAUAGUAAAUGCACGUUCUAAGUUUGACCCUCCAUUGCCUUCAGGUUACUACGGUAAUGGGUUUGCAUUUCCUGUGGCUUUAACCACAGCGGAUAAGCUUUGUAAAAAUCCAUUGGGGUAUGCUUUGGAGUUAGUGAGACAGGCAAAAGCUGAUGUGACAGAGGAAUACAUGAGAUCGGUGGCAGAUCUAAUGGUGAUAAAAGGUCGACCACAUUUUGCUGUGGUGAGAUCAUAUCUUGUAUCAGAUUUGACAAGGGCUGGGUUCGGAGAUGUCGAUUUUGGUUGGGGGAAAGCAGCUUAUGGUGGAGCUGCCAAAGGUGGAGUAGGAGCCAUUCCUGGAGUGGCUAGUUUUUAUAUACCAUUUAGGAACAAGAAAGGAGAGGAUGGAAUUGUUGUGCCACUUUGCUUGCCAGCUCCAGCCAUGGUCAGAUUUGUGAAGGAGAUUGACAACAUAUUGAAGGACCAAACAGUUGUUAGUGAGAAUAAACCGACUUUGAUCACUUCUGCUUUGUAAGAGACCAAUGUGUAUUAUUCUGUUUUCUGUUUGGAGUUUGGCUGCAAUUAAUGUGGUGAAGGCAUGUUAAAUUCUAUGGUUAUUUUUUCAAUAAACUAAGUGUACUGGAUCAAUAUAUUUGGAUAUUUACAA